UUCCUUUUAAUUCAUUCAAUAUUUCUCCUCCCUAGAAGCACUCUCUCUCUCUCUGUAGUUGAGCCACCAGAGGGAACUAGCUCCUGCUAAGCAGAUCGCCGACUCGAUUUCGUCUUAUCAAGUACAAAGUUGACGGAAGGCACUGCUGAAAAAAGGUUUCCAUGGCAACUUCGGAAGAGAAUAGUGCAUUGUUCCCGAUAUUUAUUUUGACAAUAAUGGCACUGCCUUUAGUGCCUUAUACUAUUCUUAAGCUUUGUCGCGCUGCUUCGAAGAAGGCAAAGAUUAUACAUUGCCAGUGUUCUGAGUGCUCCCGUUCAGGGAAGUUCCGCAAGUCAAUAUUUAAGCGAAUAGCAAAUUUCUCAACUUACAGCAACUUGACAUUGGUACUUCUUUGGAUCUUCAUGUUCGUGUUGGUCUAUUACAUUAAAAAUAUGAGCCGGGAGAUUCAAGUCUUCGAGCCAUUUACUAUUCUAGGAUUGGAUACUGGGGCUUCGGAGGCAGACAUAAAGAAGGCAUACAGGAGACUUUCUAUCCUAUACCAUCCAGAUAAAAAUCCAGAUCCAGAGGCCCAUAAGUAUUUCGUGGAGUUCAUAUCUAAGGCUUAUCAAGCUUUAACAGAUCCAAUAUCCCGUGAGAAUUAUGAAAAAUAUGGCCAUCCAGAUGGCAAGCAGGGGUUUCAAAUGGGAAUUGCACUCCCUCAAUUCUUACUAAAUAUUGAUGGGGCAUCUGGUGGGAUACUUUUACUGUGGAUUGUUGGAGUUUGUAUUAUCUUGCCCUUGGUAAUAGCCGUUAUAUAUCUUUCAAGGUCGUCAAAAUACACUGGAAACUAUGUCAUGCGUCAGACACUUUCCACAUAUUAUUACUUCAUGAAGCCUUCUUUGGCACCAAGCAAAGUAAUGGAUGUCUUUAUAAAGGCAGCUGAGUAUGUGGAAAUGCCAGUUCGUAGAACUGAUAACGAGCCUCUUCAGAAGAUAUUUGGACUAGUUAGGAGUGAGUUGAAUCUUGACCUCAAGAACAUUAAACAAGAGCAGGCAAAGUUUUGGAAGCAACAUCCAGCCCUUGUCAAGACACAAUUGUUGAUUCAAGCUCAAUUAACUCGUGAAUUUGCCAACUUGCCUCCACCUUUGGAUGGUGACUUUAAACUUGUGCUGGAACUUGCCCCUCGCCUUCUUGAAGAAUUAAUGAAGAUGGCACUGAUCCCACGGAAUGUCCAAGGACAAGGAUGGCUACGUCCUGCAACUGGGGUCAUUGAGCUCUCACAAUGUAUCAUUCAGGCUGUACCUCUCAGUGCAAGAAAGGCCACUGGAGGAUCGUCUGAAGGUAUUGCACCAUUUCUACAGUUGCCGCAUUUUAGCGAGGCUGUCGUCAAGAAGAUAGCCCGCAAGAAAGUGAGAGCGUUUGAGGAUCUUCAAAAACUUUCUCAAGAAGAACGUGCCGAGCUGCUUGCUCAAGUGGGUGGUUUUUUGCCUGGUGAAGUCCAAGAUGUUGAAACAGUGCUGGAAAUGAUGCCGUCCGUGACAGUUGCUAUCUCAUGUGAAACAGAAGGCGAAGAGGGUAUCCAAGAGGGUGAUACUGUCACCAUUCAGGCAUGGGUGACACUCAAACGCCGAAAUGGGCUGGUGGGUGCUCUCCCCCAUGCCCCCUACUACCCAUUUCACAAAGAAGAGAACUUCUGGUUCCUGCUUGCAGAUCCGAAUUCAAACAAUGUCUGGUUUUACCAGAAGGUUAGUUUCAUGGAUGAGGCUACGGCCAUAACUGUCGCUUCCAAGGCGAUCGAGGAACAAAUGGAGGGAUCUGGAGCAAGUGUGAAGGAAACCAGUGCUGCAGUUAGGGAAGCAGUGGAGAAGGUGAAAGCGGGAUCUAGACUGGUACUAGGCAAGUUCCACGCCCCAGCUGAGGGGAACUACAAUUUAACUUGCUACUGCCUGUGUGAUUCUUGGAUCGGUUGCGAUAACAAGACAAACCUGAAACUGAAAAUCUUGAAACGAACCCGUGCGGGUACCCGUGGUGGCUUUAUGGCAGAAGAAGGGCCAUCCAUGGAAGAUGGAAUUGAAGAGGAAGAGGAAAAUGAUGAAGAAGAAUACGAGGAUUACGAGAGUGAGUACAGUGAAGAUGAAGCUGAUGAACAAGAUGUGAAAAAGAAGGGCCCCGUUGCCAAUGGAAAAGCACGUAAGCAGCAGAGUUCAAGUUCUGAAGACUCUGGCUCUGAUGAUGAAUGAAAAACUGUUCUGUUAUUUAGUGUCACAACCACCCACUUGCGGGUAAAUGGUCCCUUCCACACAUCGAAUAGUACAUUAGAACUUUUUUCCUUUUUUUGCCUAUAUACCAAUUUAGAAGUUUUACGGCAACCAGAUCGACUUUAAAACAGAUUAUGCUAGAGUAUCAGACCAAUAUUUAUUACCCCCUUUUUCAAGCAAUUAGUUCAUGACGUUCUGCGAUUUCAACAAGAUAACUAAUUCAUCUAACCUUAGGGUUUUUUA